AUGGCACAACAAAACAAACCCUCUAAAUCAGCUUUAAUACAUAAAAAAGGAAAAUGUGAUGAUUCAGAGCCCUGUCGGGAAGAUGACAGUUUGCCCAGAUUUAUUGUAAUAAAAGGAACAGAUGAAAAACCAAUUUCAAAAAUAUCACCCUUUGUAAUUCAUAAACAAAUUCAAAGCGUUGCUGGUACUGUUAAAAAAGUUUCAAAAAUGAGAUCUGGCAAUUUGUUGGUUGAAUGUUCCAACAAAAGUCAAUCAACAAAUUUACGUACAAUGUCUACAAUAUCAAACUUUCCUGUUUCUGCCUCUCCUCAUAACAGUUUGAACAGCUGUAAGGGGAUCAUUCGAGACAGAAGUCAAUACCUUGGUGACCUUACCGUGGAAGAAAUCGGUGAGGAACUUUCAAGCCAAGGUGUAACUGAUGUUAUUAGAUUUCAAAUUAAAAAGAAUGGAAAUAUAAUCAAAUUAAACACUUAUCUUUUGACCUUUAGAACUCCAACUCCUCCUCCAUCUAUCACUUUAGGUUGCUUCGGAAUCAGAGUUGACAUGUUUAUCCCUAACCCAAUUCGAUGCUUUACUUGUCAAAAGUUUGGUCAUGGAAGCAAACAAUGUCGUGGUAAGCAGAGAUGCUUCAAGUGUUCUGACGAAGGACACGAGGGAACAAACUGUCACUCUGAAUCUUCUAAAAGUGUAAACUGUGGUGAAUCCCAUUUUUCAUCGUCUAGGGACUGCCCUGUUUACCUUAAAGAAAAAAAUAUUAUUAAAAUUAAAACAGAAAGGAACAUUAGUUACCCAGAAGCUAAACAGAUAGCUUUUGUUUCGAAUGAUCUCCUUGUUUCAAACAGACCAUCGUACGCCAGCAAAGUUGUCCGCUCAUUCAGUCACGAGAAUACACAAACUCAAACAGUAGAAAUACACAGUUGGAGCGGUGAAUCUGUCUGGGAUCUUCCCAAUGACAUAGAUGAUUCUUCCACCUCCAAAAGUCUUCCUUCAUCUGCAUCCAAGAAGGUAUCUUCUUCGUUCAGUACACAGUCUACCAGAGCCCCAUCUCCUCUUCGUUCUCAAGAAAAGAAGGAUGUCCAAAAGAAGCCAGGAAAUACAUCCUCUCAAAAGUCUUCUGAUUCGAGGUCGCGGGGUAGGGGUAGAGGCGGAGUAACACCAGCUGCGCGUAGUCCUGGAGAUCGACGACUCUCCUCGCACAACAGAUUUUCAACACUUGUCGACGACACUGAAAUGGAAACCGAAAGUGUUCCGCCACCCGAAAGAUCACGAUCUCAGGGUGAGCGAAAUAAGAAUGCUGGCAAACUCGACAGCAUUCGCCCUUCUUUUAUUAAAUAA